AUGAGGGAGGUCAAUUUCAGUAUACCCAACGUGAACAAGGCGUCCGUGAACAUCACCACCACCCUCUAUGAUCGGCGGGCGCUCGACUGCACAUCGACCCUACCUCUGGUCAACUCCCUCAAUCACCUCGCAUAUCUCACGACGUCCUCUGCUCGGAUCCGUGAUAUUCUCACUGUCGAUGGAGGCAUUGAGCGCCUGAUAUGCAUCCUCAAGGAGGGGAGAAGCAGGGAUCUCAUGGAGAUGUGGAAAUGGAGCCUUGCCUUCCAAUGUGUCGUCAACAUUGGAGUACGAGGUUCGGAAAACGUGAGAACGAGGGUGGUGGAGGCAGAUAUGGUCCCCGUGAUUGCUACGAUCCUCGAUAACUACAUCAAAGUCAUCGACAAAGUACGAGCACGUGCUGAUGCCGAGUCCCAGCGUACCUCACGGCACGCCAAAGUCGUCUCACGCCCGCGUGAAUCUGCCGCGCGAUCUUCGUUCCUCGAGCGACCGUUCAAUACUAAUACUAAUGAUAAUGAACAACGUCCGUCCCGUCGACAGGCUCCGCCUCCAUCGAUAGAGAUCCCACAGCCCUUCUCCCAAGGGCAGACCCCUAACGAUGCCAAUGCAAUGGACAUUGCAUCCUCGCCACAAGUUCCUAUGACGUCUCCGCCUGAGCGAACAGUCUUUGGUCGUGAGGUUCAUACUCAUCGACUACAUGAUGGACGUCCUCAGCAGCAAGGCGCCCAUCGUCUGCGGGUCACCCAGCCUCUGGCUACUGCCGUGCCUCCUAUGGAUGCUGCCGAUGGAUUUGGCUUGCGCCCAGUCAGGGACGCUGAUCGACUGCCUAGCAUGCUACCGGGAGUCCACGCUGGUUUCGCAUCACAACCGGAAUCUCCCACGACCCCGGGCGGACCACUCCAACAACCCCGGAGCGUGUCUAACGCGGUGACGCGGCGUGAACGACCUGUCAUUCGACAGCAGCAGUCCUCUGGGUCAACGGAUUUCGAAGAUACCAAUGGCGAUGACUCUCCUAUGGGUGAUGACGAUGUCUCCGGGGAAGCAGCAGAGCCUAUCGUAGGACUCCAGAAUCGGAUGGAGAUUGAUGAUGUCGGCGACAGGGAAUCUAUCUUGGAUGAUGUCUCCAACCCACAUGGCCUGACGAUGACGGAUCCCACCCAGGGCCAAGAUGCGGAAACAUUCAACAUCACUCACCAUUCUGCUGUCGAUGGUAGUAUGAACACGACCAACGCGCAAGGCAACGCUGGAUUUGGCCUCUCCCCUACUCAGGGUGCUAACAACACCAACUCUCCGACUAUGCCCAACCCUUAUCCGUUAUACCUCCGUGACCGCUCAUCUGCAGCCACCCAAGGGGUGCUAGCGGCGAUGCCUCGGGACGAAGACGUUCUGAUGUCGUUGCAACUCCUUGCUUACGUUUCCAAAUACUGCAAUCUCCGUUCCUAUUUCCAGCACUCGCACCUAGUCCCCAAGCUCAAGAUCGAGCGUGAACUUCAGAUGUUGGAUGAAGCCACGGGGUCCACCUCGCCCGUGGAGCCGGAGGAAGAGGAAGAUGAAUAUCUCCUUCCGGAUGACUUCAACAUUUUCCCGUUGGUGGAAAAGUUCACCGUACGGCAUCAUUCCAAAGACAUGCAGUACUGGGCCUGUGUGGUAAUGAGGAACCUGUGUCGGAAAGACGAGUCACGGGGUGGUAUCCGGCAGUGUGCGUAUUACAAGUGCGGAAAAUGGGAGGAGUUCCAACGGCAGUUUGCCAAGUGUCGCAGGUGUCGUCGCACGAAAUACUGCAGCAAAGAUUGCCAGAAGGCAGCCUGGGUGUACCACCGUCACUGGUGCCAUAGUACCCCUUAG